CUAGUCUUAAAACUGUACAGAUGAGUUAAUCUCACUGGCUUUCUAUUCUUAUUUAGCCUAUAGCUGUAAGAGGGUUAGACUAGCUUUCUAAAGGCAUAUGUUAGCCUCCAGUUCUAGUGAAGAAGUGAGGAACUAAAUUGGGAGAGACCAUACGUGAAAACAACCUGAGAAAAAGCUGCAGACUGUGAGUCACGAUGGGAAAUAAUGAAUCCAUAGCUGGUGGUCAGAAAGCAGUUCCUGCUAAAGAGACCUAUGUGUGGUACAAAAAAUUUAUGAGGGAAUAUCCAUCCGGCCUGCAAACACUGCAUGAAUUCAAGACACUCUUGGGUCUGCAAGGUCUGAAUCAAAAAGCCAAUCAACAUGUUGAUCAAGUCUAUAAUACCUUUGACAUGAACAAGGGUGGAUUUAUCGACUUUUUAGAGUUUAUUGCUGCUAUAAAUCUCGUUGUACGAGGAAAAAUGGAGCAGAAAUUAAAAUGGUAUUUUAAGUUGUAUGAUGCUGAUGGAAACGGUUCUGUUGACAAAAAGGAACUACUGAAUAUCUUCAUGGCUGUGCAAGCCCUCAAUGGCCAACAAACUCUGAGUCCUGAAGAAUUUACCAACCUGGUGUUUCAUAAGAUCGAUAAAAACAAUGAUGGAGAACUGACUUUAGAAGAAUUUAUCAAUGGCACAGAAGAAGAUCAGGAUCUUCUGGAGAUUGUUUCCAAGAGCUUUGAUUUUUCCAGUGUACUGAAAAUAAUCUAUAAUGGGAAUCAGCCAGACACAGAAGGGAGGUUUCCUUCAAACCUUGUGACAAGGCUGAUCUAGGGAAGGUGGGAAUAAAGUGGCUGGGAGAAUGCCUUUUCUGACUUUCAGUGGAGGCAAAACUUCCAGUGGAGAAGAAAUGAAAUUCUCCCAUGUACAUGCUAUUGAUUUCAUUAUAUUUGAAUAUAUAUUCAAUUAUAUAUUAUAAUUGGUAUCAGCCUGUGAAUAUAUCACUUAAGUCCCUUGGAGAUGUCCAUAAAGAUUGUAGACGGAAGAAUUGUUGCUUUUCUGUUUAUACAUUAGUACUCUCUCUGAAGGUUAGAACAUGAUGAUUAGACUGAAGGAUGGUCUCCAUAUCAGUUCAAAAUAGAACUUGUGUACAUUUCCUUCCACACCUAAGUUAAUCCACCUCUUGAAAUAGAACUGGAUUAUUUGGGCAGUGUCUCUAUAGUUUAACAUUCUUCUUAAACAGACUUUUGGCAAAUGUGUUUGCUGCCUCUUGGCUCCUGUUGGAUUUGUGUAUUAUAAAUGACCAAGUUCUGGUCUAUGGAGAAACUUU